AUGAGGAGCGGAAACAUCGGUCUCGCCGCCGCCGCGCUUGUCUCCGCGCUGUGGGCCAGCCCCAUUGAGGCCAACAAGCUCGUCCCGGGCUCCACGGCCGACCUGGAUGCGCUGGAGCCGUAUGGAGGAAAGGACGCCUCGAUCCUCCGCCAUCCCGCCGACUGGUCGAGGGACGUGUACCCGCUGCAGGUCCACAGCCACAACGACUACUGGCGUGACAGCCCCGUGUACGAAGCGCUCGCCCACGGUGUCAUGAGCGUCGAAUCCGAUGUCUGGCUCAACCCCGACGAUGGGGAGCUGUAUGUGGGGCACGACCCUUUUAGCCUGUCUGUCGAAAGGACGUUUCACUCCAUCACGCUCGACCCUCUGAAGAAGGCCAUUGACCAAGCGAACGCGGCCAACCACCUCGUCUCGUCCUCAAACAAGGAGUCGUCGUUCUUUGCGAAUCUGCAGAAACAGCAGGUCACCAACCUCAACAAGAGCACGACCCAAUACGCCGGCUACUUUUCGGGCGGCGUUGGACUCGCGGCGCCGAUCCAGCUGCUCGUCGACCUCAAGACCGAGGGCAACUCGACGUACAAGAAAGUCGUCGAGGACCUCGAGCCGCUGCGAAAGGCCGGCUACCUGACGCGCUACGAGGCCGGCAAGGUCAUCCCUGGCCCAUUGUUCAUUAUUGGCACGGGCAACAGCCCAGCAGCCGAGAUUGCCGCCGCGACGUCGCGUGCUAUCUUUCUCGACUGCCCGCUCGGCGAUGCGCUCACAAAGGGCCUCGACGCCCCAGACGGGACGCACUACGAGUACAACAAGACGCUCUGCGGCAUCGCCAGCACCGACUUUGAGAGCCUCGUCCCUGGCUUCACGGGCGCAAACGAGGCGACGGACGCGCAGAGGCAGAACCUGACGGCGGCAAUCGACGCAGCUCACAAGCUCGGCAUCAAGACGAGGCUCUGGGACACGCCGCAGUGGCCCGUCUACGCGCGGGACAACAUCAACAAACUCCUCUUUUCGCUAGGAUCUGACUGGAUCAAUGCCGACGAUCUCGACGCUAUUCAAAAAUUCUAG